CGGCGGUGCCUGGGGCGGUGGGAGGCGGCGCGGGGCGGGGCGGGGCGGGGGCCGGGGGACACUCGGGCGGGGCGCGGGGCCGGGGCCGCCCCGUCGGUGCGUGCCGGAGCCCAUGAAUUGCUCCGGGAGCGCCCGGCGAGGCUGCGCCGCGGCCGCGGGCUCCGGGCACGAUGCAGAAGAGCGUGCGGUACAACGAGGGGCACGCCCUGUACCUGGCGCUGCUGGCCCGCAAGGAGGGCACCAAGCGCGGCUACCUCAGCAAGAAGACGGCGGAGACCAACCGCUGGCACGAGAAGUGGUUCGCCCUCUACCAGAACGUGCUCUUCUACUUCGAGGGCGAGCAGAGCGCCCGCCCCGCCGGCAUGUACAUGCUGGAGGGCUGCAACUGCGAGCGGGUGCCCGCUCCCAAGGGAUGCGCGGCGGGCAGCGCCAAGGAUGCCGCGCUGGACAAGCAGCAUUACUUUACUGUCCUCUUUGGCCAUGAGGGGCAGAAGCCACUGGAGCUGCGUUGUGAGGAUGAGGUUGAUGGAGAUGAGUGGGUAGAAGCUAUUCACCAAGCAAGCUACUCGGACAUCCUGAUCGAGCGGGAGGUGCUGAUGCAGAAGUACAUCCACCUGGUGCAGAUCGUGGAGACCGAGAAGGUGGCGGCCAACCAGCUCCGGCACCAGCUGGAGGACCAGGACACCGAGAUCGAGAGGCUCAAGUCGGAGAUUGUAGCACUGAAUAAAACAAAGGAAAAAAUGCGACCUUAUCAAGGCAACCAGGAAGACGAAGAUCCAGAUAUUAAAAAAAUUAAGAAGGUUCAGAGCUUUAUGCGGGGCUGGCUGUGCAGAAGAAAAUGGAAAACCAUUGUCCAAGACUAUAUUUGUUCUCCUCAUGCAGAGAGCAUGAGGAAGAGGAACCAGAUAGUUUUCAACAUGGUGGAGGCUGAGUCAGAGUACGUGCACCAGCUUUAUGUCCUGGUGAACUGCUUCCUGCGGCCCCUGAGGAUGGCAGCCAGCUCCAAGAAGCCGCCCAUCAGCCACGACGACGUCAGCAGCAUUUUCCUCAACAGUGAAACAAUCAUGUUUCUUCAUGAGAUAUUUCACCAGGGCUUAAAAGCAAGAAUAGCUAACUGGCCUACCUUAAUUCUAGCUGACUUAUUUGACAUUCUGCUGCCAAUGCUGAACAUAUAUCAAGAAUUUGUUCGGAAUCAUCAAUACAGCCUACAAGUGCUGGCAAACUGUAAGCAAAACAGAGAUUUUGACAAACUCUUGAAGCAAUAUGAAGCCAACCCAGCAUGCGAGGGCAGAAUGCUGGAAACUUUCCUUACCUACCCCAUGUUUCAGAUUCCCAGAUAUAUUAUAACACUUCAUGAACUUUUGGCUCACACACCACACGAGCACGUUGAGAGAAAAAGCCUUGAAUUUGCUAAAUCUAAACUAGAAGAACUUUCAAGAGUGAUGCACGACGAGGUGAGUGACACAGAGAACAUCCGGAAGAACCUGGCCAUAGAGAGGACCAUAGUGGAGGGCUGUGACAUAUUGCUAGACACCAGCCAAACCUUUAUACGCCAAGGUUCCCUUAUCCAGGUCCCCUCAGUUGAGAGGGGAAAGCUGAGUAAAGUUCGCCUCGGCUCGUUGUCUUUGAAGAAAGAAGGAGAAAGACAAUGCUUCUUGUUUACAAAACACUUCUUAAUUUGUACAAGAAGUUCAGGAGGAAAACUGCAUCUUCUUAAGACAGGAGGUGUUCUGUCUCUGAUAGAAUGCACACUGGUCGAGGAGACAGAAGCGAGUGAUGAUGAUUGUAAGUUAAAUUCAGCUGUCAGUAGCUGCAAAGCAAAAGGUUCUGGGCAGGUGUUUGGACACCUGGAUUUCAAGCUGAUAGUGGAGCCCACGGAUGCUCCUCCUUUCACUGUUGUCCUUUUGGCCCCAUCACGGCAGGAGAAAGCUGCAUGGACAAGUGACAUCAGCCAGUGCAUUGAUAAUAUAAGGUGCAAUGGAUUAAUGACAAUAGUGUUUGAAGAAAACUCCAAAGUCACAGUGCCACAUAUGAUCAAAUCCGACGCCCGUCUUCACAGAGAUGACAUCGAUAUUUGCUUCAGCAAGACGCUGAAUUCCUGCAAAGUCCCCCAGAUCCGCUACGCGAGCGUGGAGCGCCUCUUGGAGCGGCUGACGGACCUGCGGUUCCUGAGCAUCGACUUCCUCAACACCUUCCUGCACACCUACCGCAUCUUCACCACCGCCGCCGUGGUCCUGGAGAAGCUCUCUGACAUCUACAGGCGGCCCUUCACCUCCAUCCCUGUCAGGUCCUUGGAGCUGUUCUUUGCCACCAGUCAGAACAACAGAGGGGAGUACCUGGCUGACGGGAAGUCGCCACACCUCUGCCGCAAGUUUUCCUCUCCUCCUCCCCUGUCCCUCUCCAGGACCUCCUCACCCGCCAGGACCCGCAAACUCUCGCUGACCUCCCCGCUGAACUCCAGGAUCGGUGCCCUGGACCUCUCAGCCUCGUCUGUGGCCAGCAGCCCUACCUCAAACUACAGCCCGGCCACGUCCCCGCCGCCCACGAGCAGCAAGGCGCCGCUGGACCUGAGCCGGGGGCUGUCGUCCCCCGAGCAGAGCCCGGGCUCGGCCGAGGACAGCCUGGAGAACCCACGCCUGGACCUCUGCAACAAGCUGAGGAGGAGCAUCCGCAGAGCAGCAGUUCUGGAAACCGUGUCAGUGGACAGGACCAUUCCUGAGAGCACCUCAGUGGUGGACACUGCAGAGCUGUCCCCGUGCAGGUCCCCUUCGACGCCGCGUCACCUCCGCUACCGGCAGCCGGGAGUGCAGACUGCUGACAACAGCCACUGCUCGGUGUCUCCUGCUUCUGCUUUUGCCAUUGCCACAGCUGCAGCCGGGCACGGGAGCCCGCCAGGGUUCAACAACUCGGAGCGCACGUGCGACAAGGAGUUCAUCAUCCGCCGGGCCGCCACCAACCGCGUCCUCAACGUCCUGCGCCACUGGGUCUCCAAACACUCACAGGAUUUUGAGCUGAACAACGAGCUGAAAAUGAAUGUUUUAAAUUUGCUGGAGGAAGUUUUGAGAGACCCUGACCUUCUGCCACAAGAAAGGAAAGCUACUGCAAACAUACUGAGGACUCUUUCUCAGGAUGAUCAAGAUGAUAACCAUUUGAAAAUAGAGGAUAUCAUUCAGAUGCCAGACUGCCCCAAGCCUGAGUGCUUCGAGACGCUGUCGGCCAUGGAGCUGGCGGAGCAGAUCACCCUGCUGGACCACGUCGUGUUCCGCAGCAUCCCCUACGAAGAGUUCCUUGGGCAGGGCUGGAUGAAAGUGGAUAAAAAUGAGAGAACGCCCUAUAUUAUGAAAACUAGUCAACAUUUUAAUGAUAUGAGCAACCUGGUGGCCUCUCAGAUCAUGAGCUACGCCGACGUGCCCUCGCGGGCCAGCGCCAUCGAGAAGUGGGUGGCGGUGGCCGACAUCUGCCGCUGCCUGCACAACUACAACGGCGUGCUGGAGAUCACCUCAGCCCUCAACAGAAGUGCCAUCUACAGGCUCAAGAAAACCUGGGCAAAGGUGUCCAAACAGACAAAAGCACUCAUGGACAAGCUUCAGAAGACUGUGUCAUCUGAGGGAAGAUUUAAAAACCUGAGAGAAAUGCUCAAAAACUGCAACCCACCUGCUGUUCCCUACCUUGGGAUGUACCUGACUGACCUGGCAUUUAUUGAGGAAGGAACACCCAACUUCACUGAGGAAGGCCUUGUCAAUUUCUCCAAAAUGAGAAUGAUCUCGCAUAUCAUCAGGGAAAUCCGCCAGUUCCAGCAGACCUCCUACCGCAUCGAGCACCAGCAGAAGGUCACUCACUACCUGCUGGACAAGACCCUCAUCAUCGACGAGGACACCCUGUACGAGCUGUCCCUGAAGAUUGAGCCGCGGCUCCCCGCCUGAGCCCUGCGCAGCCCUGCACACAGCUCUGGGACAGUGGAACCACGCCUGCCGCCGCCUAAACACAGCCAGAGAAACUCUGAGAAGAGUGCCAGCUCUCUUUUCCCAUGAGAGAUACACAGCCUUUCCCUCUCAGGCAACACAGACCAGUGUUGGAGGUGAAAGGCAAAGACCCUUCCUACCCGGCUUAAGCGAUUUCUGCUUUGCAAAGACCAUGUUUGGCACUAGGGACCAUGAUUUCCUGGAAAACAGGAGACUUUCCUGUGAACAGGCACUCACUGCAGCCACCUCACGUGGCAGAUCAAGGGUACAGAUUUAAAUGGUGGAAAUAGACUCAGGUGUGUUAGGAUAAGUAAGCAAAGUGAGGUGGCUGGGUUGAUGGCUAACUGUGUGUUCACUGAGGCAGUAAUGGCUGUGGUGUUCUCACUGUGUGGAUUUCAUUGAAAAAGCAGGAUCUUAGCACUCAUCUGCUACCUUGGAGUGAUAUUAGGACAGCAUCUAGUUACUUCAGACCUGCAGUUGUUCUAAACACCUGCUGUACAUGUAAUGCUACUUGUUGCAAAACAUUUUCUUCUUUAAAUGUCUCGUCAGCCUUUUCUAAGGUGACUGAUUGUAUCUAUAAAAAGUAUUUGUAAAUAUGUUUCUCAUCAGUGAGAGUAUUUGCAGCAUGGGGAGCAAAUGGGCUGGUGGAAUAGUUGUAAAUAGCUGCCAGCUGGGAGGGUGAGGGGACCCAGAGGGGUGGUGCAGGGGAUGGGGAGUCGUGUUGCACACAGCUCUGGGAGAGGCACUUUAUUUUCCUGCACCUCCUGCAGCUUCUCUGACAAGUCAGGCUACAGAGCACAAUCUGGACACACUGUGGAGAGAAAUACAUGUCUGUCUGGCAGCAGGUGGUGAUCAGCAGUGAACACUUGGAGCUGCAGUGACAGUUUCGUUUUACGUGGAAUCGGUGGUUUGAAAAAUGUCUUUUUUGGGUUUUUUGAUUUUUUUUUUUGUUUGUUUGUUUUUUUUUUGUUCUUGUUCAGCCAUUUGGCAUUGACUUAGCUGUAAACCUGAACGUGUCAGUGAAGGCCAGCAAACACAAAGUAUGUAUUUUUGUCUCAGCUGGUAACUAUCACUUGCUUCUGUUUGAGCAAAUGUGCUGUUCGUCGUUGUAGUCAGAUCCUCUGCUUUUGUGACGUACCAGGUGGACAGAUGUCAUUCCUACAGUAGUUGUUGUACUUGUUGUAUUUUCCUCAUCAAGAGUGGCCUGUUGUAGCUGCAUGGGAAGUGAGCUCAAAUGCUGUAAAGGGCAUCAUAGUAUAAAACACAGGUGUUAGCACUGUUGAAAACAAAAAUUGGCUGGAAAAGUGUCCUUACUUUUCCAAUGAUACUCAGCCAGUUGAAGAAAUAGGGCUAUAUCACCGUAUACCUCCCUUCAAUCCUCUCAGGGAGACAGAUGUUUCAAACAGAUUGUGACUUAGGCCUAUUUGAUCUGACACAGUCGUGAUGCUUCUUAACGCUGGCGAUGAAAAACGGACCUGCCUGGCUUGUGGUUUUUGUCUUUAUUUGCACUUUAAUUACAUUGCUGGCCCAGCCCAGAGCUGCACGGACGAGUUCCAAUUGUUCUGUCUGAGUGUGAGCGCCAGCAUCUACAAAUGUACCUUAGCAACUGUAAAUUUCAUUAAGGUCCUUCUCCACAAGGACCCUCUCCUUGUAAAUAACUGCAUGGGGAGGUGCCGCAGAGACUGGAAAAUUCCUCCAUUAGAAAAAGCAGACAGCAGGAGAGAAGGACAUGCUAGGAACACUUUAAAUAGUUCUGGCUGAUGAUUGCUGUAGAAAUGUUACUUACAGAAGCUUUCUGUUGUUAAAAAAAAAAAAAGUGUUUGUUUCUUUUGACUAAUGAUUGACAAGAAGCUGAUUGCAUCCCAAUGCAUGAUAUGAGGAGAAAAAAAAAAAAAACAACAAAACAAAACAAAAAACGAGCAUGGUUUGUUUGGACCACAAAACCAACUGACUGGGUGUUUCCUGUGCAAAAGCAGUUACCAUUCAGUAGUUUCAUGAAACACUUUGAAGUCAUGGAGCAACAGGGAAAAACGUGGUCCAAAAAAAGUGACUUCUUACGUUGUUUUUGUUGUUUCUUUGUUGACAAAGCAAACGUGUAACAGCUGUCAGUGUGAAUGGGCAUCUCUGUUGUACGCUGUGAAGUGCUGCUUUAUCUGCCUGUACCCGGUUUUACCAAAUCUCGAUGUUCUUAGGGUUACAGGGUACAGAUCCUCGUCGUGCUCCUGGCUGUGUGCUUUCUCGCGUGUGUGCUGCUCAGUGCGUUUCAGCGCUGGCUCGCAGGGCUGUGCUGUGCUCGUGUGGCCGGGGGAGGGCACGGGGGGCACACCUGGGCUCUGCCCGAGGGGCUGAGCUGCGAACCUCUGCGAAUGCGCUAGCUCAGCCCCUCUGGGAAGGCACGUCCUGCUCAUAUGCCAAAGGUUGCCUCUUGCCCCAGCGGUCAGAAUCGGGAGAGUGGGAUGCUUGAUCCGUGUUCGUAGCAGCAGCAGCAAAAUUGUUUAAAAAUUAUUAUGGUCACAGCAACGUUUGACUUGCCGAUGGCUUCACGUCGAUGUUUUUGCUUGGGGAUACAAUGCUUUUGUUAAAGCGCAGGGGAAAGCGAGGAUGCGCCUCGUCACCCACAGCCCCUGCCGCGGCUGCAGCGCCGUCAGCACAGCUGGGAACAGCUGUUCUGCAGCCGCCGGCAGCUGGGCUGUGGGCUGAGUGCUGCGCCUCUGAGUGGCCCGAGUGCCUGUGCUGGAGCCCUGCUGCGUGUUUGGGCUGCGGCAAUGGUCAGCAGGCAGCAGCAGCGCCCCGCUUUGUGCGAGCCUUUGCCCGUCCCGGUGCGCCCGGCUGAGCCCGGCGCUGUCCCGGUGCCAGCGCAGCACGGAGCGGCGCAUCUCGCCCACCACACACCCCCUGCUCGCCUCGGCCGUUCCCGGGAGCUCGGCUCCCGCUGAGGACUCUGUGCUCUCGCUGUCUUUUAGCAUCUUUUAGCUCCUAAGCUCGCAGCUCUUUGGCCGCGGGAGCAUCCCAGAGCGGCGGAGGGAGCGGCGGCAGCCCCGCGGGCGAGGAUGCCCCGCACACAGAAGGGCCGAAGCGCCUCUCCACUUGCCUUCUGAGCCCCCAGCCUGCCCGCAGCGGGCGGGGGCUGCUCCCAGCCCGGCGGGGCCGGGCGGCCAUGGGGAUAAAGCUUUUUUUUUUUUUUUUUUUUUUUUUUUUUUUUUUUUUUCACCCGGUGGGCUCCGCCGGACCGCGCAGCGCAUCAGUAGCAGCCCGGGCGGGACCGCGGCCACCUGGGCAGCAGCACAGACACGUCCCCUCCAGCGACGGAGAGCGCUCGUCACACGCUGACACAGGGUUAGAGUUGCCUUCACCCCCAGCCUUCAGCCCCAGCCCUCUGCCCCCCGACCCAGCGGCUGUUGUUAGUGACCGAGCCCCCGAGUGCUGAUGGCGUAGGUGAAAACCUGUGGAGUUUCACAGUGGCAGUGUGUGUUCGUUCUGUCCCUUUCCUCUGGCUCGUCCUGUGACACGCGGACACGUGGCACUGAUCGCCCCGAUGUCCCAGUCGGGAGGAGGUCCCCGUCCUCUUUCUGCUUUCCUAGUUUUUAAUACUGAUUGUUGUUCUGUAGGAUAAGAAGGAACUUAAUUAUUUUAAUUAUUUAUUAACUUAAACCGUGUUGAUUUUGAUUUCAGAACAUGUUAAUUAUCCCAGGUUUUCCUUCAUGUGUAUUAUUUAUUUUAAGGGUUUUACAAAGGCAUUGUUUUGUUUGUGUCGACAUUCAGUCUCUCAUCCUUUCACUCUUAGCAGCAACACUAAACCCUGAUGAUUUAAAACUCUCACCCAUUGUGACAUUUUUACCCACCCGUAACUUCACUCACCAAGGGCAAAACCCUUCAGACCUCAUUCUGACAAUACCUUAGGCUUCACCGAGAGCUUUUCAUAAGUCUUUGGGGAUCUGGCUCUCAGCUAUUUGCCUGUUACAGUUUUUGCCUCCAAAGGUCAAAUGUCUCUGUCUAGGAUGCUUCAUGUCCAAAAUGCUGCUCAGUGAUGGUUGUUCUGUUGCACCUGAGGUAGUCUCUGAAGUUCUGUUACCUAGGGCAGUAGAUGUGUGUUUACUUGACAGAUGUACCUGUAUGGAAUGUGUUGCUCAGUGCACAACCCAGAUGUUUUUGCAUGUAUUGCAACUUCUCUUCUGACCCGAGGUUACUGCUUUGUAUUGUUAGUAAGGCAUACCAGGCAAGCUGUUGUGCCUGUGUGCUAAUAAACAUCCUUUUCUUUCCCGAG